AUGUCCAUAUGAAUAUUUGUAGCAGCAAAAUUUCAUGAAAAAGAGAGAAUUUUGAUCUGGGAGUGGCUAUUUGAUAGCAUGGUAUGGAUAAUCGAUGGAUGAUAAUGCAUCAUCAUGUAACAGUUCCUAACAAUUUGGGUACCUCAAGCUGACACAGCUUUACGUGUAUUAUCAUUAUCCUGUUGCUAUAAAUACGCUUAUCUUUCCUUCCAGUUCUGCAUAUGCAUUGUUUCUCACUUGGAUUUGGAACAAGCAACAGUGUGAGGUUGCGGUGCUGUGUGUGCUGCAAUUUCAUUUGAUAGUGCUGGUGAUUUGAAUCGAACCAUUUCGAGGGUGUGAGUUUUUGCUUUAUUGAUUCGUCAAGAGUAGAAAGAUGACUGUGGGGGCAGCGAUAUCUGUUGCAGAUGGAAACUUGAUGGUGUUGGGGAAGAAAGUGCUGAGCCAUGUCCAUAAAAACGUUGUUGUUAGCCCUGCAUGUGGGGGUGCGUUGCUCGAUGGGGCAUUCAUUGGGGUUGAAUCCCAUCAAAAGGGUAGUCGCACAGUCUUCCCAAUCGGCAAGCUUGAGGGGUUGCGAUUUAUGUGUGUUUUCCGGUUCAAGAUGUGGUGGAUGACGCAGAGAAUGGGCACUUGCGGACAAGAAGUUCCCUUUGAGACGCAGUUCUUGCUUGUUGAAGCACAAAGUGGCUCUGAUAUUGAUGCAGGAGAAGACCAAUCUGCUGCUACCUAUGCAGUUUUCUUACCCCUUCUGGAAGGAGAUUUCAGAGCAGUUCUUCAGGGGAAUGAUCAAAACGAGAUUGAGAUCUGUGUGGAAAGUGGUUGUCCCGCUGUGGAGGACUUCGAUGGGUCUCAUUUGGUUUAUAUCGGAGCUGGAUCCGACCCUUACGAAGUCAUUACAACUUCUGUCAAAGCUGUGGAGAAACACUUACAGACCUUUGCUCAUCGCGAGCGAAAGAAGAUGCCAGAUAUGUUGAACUGGUUUGGAUGGUGUACAUGGGAUGCUUUCUACACUAAUGUCACUUCAGAGAAUGUGAAGCAAGGAUUACAAAGCUUCGAGAAAGGUGGAAUUCCUGCCAAGUUUGUUAUAAUUGAUGAUGGCUGGCAAUUUGUUGACAUGGACCCCAAUGGUACUGAAUGGAAAUCUGAUCAUGCAGCCAAUUUUGCAAAUCGCUUAACCAACAUCCAAGAGAAUCACAAAUUUCAGAAGGAUGGCAAAGAAGGUGAAAGAGUAAAUGACCCAGCUCUGGGACUUCGUCAUAUUACCAAUGAAAUCAAACGAGAACAUUAUAUAAAGUACGUAUAUGUGUGGCACGCAAUAACAGGAUAUUGGGGUGGUGUUAAGCCUGGGGUGACCGGCAUGGAGCACUACGACUCAAAGAUGGCCUUCCCUGUCUCAUCUCCUGGAGUUGAGUCAAAUCAACCAGAUGAAGCUUUGGCAACCAUUGCCAUCAAUGGGCUUGGCCUUGUGAAUCCCGAGAAAGUUUUUCACUUUUAUGAUGAACUUCACUCGUAUUUGGCAUCUGCUGGUGUUGAUGGUGUCAAGGUUGAUGUUCAGAAUAUCCUUGAAACUCUUGGAGCAGGACAUGGUGGGAGGGUGAAACUUGCAAGAAAAUACCACCAAGCAUUAGAGGCAUCUAUUUCCAAGAACUUCCCUGAUAAUGGAAUCAUCUGUUGCAUGAGUCACAACACUGAUGGACUAUACAGCGCAAAGCGUUCAGCUGUUAUUAGGGCAUCAGACGAUUUCUGGCCAAGAGACCCUGCUUCCCACACGAUUCACAUUGCAUCGGUGGCUUACAAUACUAUUUUCCUUGGUGAAUUUAUGCAGCCAGACUGGGAUAUGUUUCAUGUAA